GUAAAAGGUGUCCACUUUUUUUAAGUUUUGGUUUUAGUUUUGUCUUGGAUAGUAUUUGGCAAGAUUUAGCUUAGAGAUGAUGUAGUAUUUAUUUUGUAAGAGUCAAAAUUGCUUUGUUUCUGGGCUGUUUUCAAAAACUUAGAACUCAUGUAUCAAAAAACUUUUUUUUGUUUUUUGUUUUUUUAGUUUUGUCUUUUAAAAUUUCUUAAAUGGUAACUGUACCAUUGUGAAACAAAAUUUCAGUUCCCAAAAGUUUACCCUUUUACUAACUGAAAUAAUUACCAAGUGUUCAGCUGUAGCCGUCACUAGAAAAGGAUUUGGAACUAGACCGCAUACGCAGGCCUUGGCAGGGCCGACCCACGGUGUCACACCCGUGACACGCUGGUGUUGAUACAGAAGAGGAGAAGCUGCCCUCCCCAACCCUCCCCAGCUGCCCCCUGCGUGUGGACAGUGCCCCUUGAGAAUGGCUGUGACGCUGCUCUGUCUCCUGCAGCUUGCUGCACCGCUCUGCAGUUACUCUGUAACUGUACGGUUCUAUCUGUUCUGGUUAAACACUCCCUGAUUAUGAUGAUGAUGAUGAUACACGUAUAUCUAUAUUAUACACCUCAGAAUAUGUAGAGGGAUUUCCCUUUACCUUAAUUUUGUGGGCUGUGCAAAAUUCAGUAUGACAUUAGUUUCAUGGUGCUUUGGUGUAAGCUCACUAUUUUUAUAAUGAACCCAAAUCCGAAGGCUUUUGUAGUGUAUUUUAAAAGGGGAAACUUACCCAAAUGUUUUGUUUCUACACCAUUGUGUAUAUGUAUGUGUGUGUAUAAGCCAGUUAGUUUUUAUGUCCAUGUAUAUUUUAUACAUAUAAUACUUUAUUUUUACAUAGAAUUAUGCUUUUAUUAUACAGAUAAUAAAGAUGGGGGAAGGUUUCUGUUUUUUUCUUAAUAGGUGAAGAAAUCUUGAAGACCAGAAAUUGGAUCUUAUUGAAUUUUGGUGUGCUUUCUUUUUUUUUCUUUUUUUUUUUUCUUUUUCUUUUU